CUUUAUAUAAUAAAAACUUUUAGUACUAGUUACUACGUGGCACACGCCCUUAGCUUUUGAUAUAUCAUCAUCAUCAUCAUAAACAAUCUUGUGAUAAGUGAUACCUUUUCUUCCUCUUUUUUUCAAUGAUUUGGAUCUUUUUGAUCGAAGCGUGACGCGGUCGCAUACAAUAAACAUGGAAGAAGCCGGCCGCGAUCGAACCGGGUGCGAGAAUCUCCAGAGGGCGCUAAGCGAGUGCCACCAACGUUUCGGACCUGGUGCGACGCGGGACGCGGCCUGUCGGCACUUGAACCGAGCCCUAGCGGAGUGCUUGGUCUCGUUUGUGUGCCCCGAAGAAUCGGAGGCGGUUAGGACACUGUGCGGCAGCGGCGGAACCCGGCUGAAGCGGUCCCAGUGCCAGCAGGCCCAGCUUUCUCUCUCAGUCUGCAUUUCUUCUCAUCAACCAGAUUGAACGAUCCUGAGAUUCUUUUCCCUUAGGAAAUUACCAUUUUGACCUCUUUUGAGGAGAAGAGUGAUACAAAGUUUGUAUUUGUUGGUAAAUAACAUCAGAAUUUUAUGGUUUAUACACAUAGAUUAUUAACAGUGUGAUUACUUCUGAAUGGCGUUUAUAUCAUUUCAAAUAUUGAAUUUAGAUUACAUUUCAUCA